CCGCUCAUUUUUCUCCACACUCACAAAUUCACUUCAUAAUUAUUUCUCUCAAACAAAAGAAAAUGCCAAUUCCAACUCCCUCUUCUUCUCCGCUCCUCCUCUCUAAAUGCAUUGUCUUCCCCGAUCAACCUUCCUCCCUCCCCGACCUCCAACUCUCCGUCUCCGAUCUCCCCAUGCUCUCCUGUCACUAUAUCCAAAAAGGCUGUCUCUUCACUACUUCCAAUAAUCUCGACGCCACUUCUAUCAUCCAGCGUCUCAAAUGCAGUCUCUCCAGAGCUCUCUCUCGUUUUCCUCCUCUCGCCGGUCGUUUAGUCACUGACGACGAUGGUUACGUUUACAUCAAAUGUAACGACGCUGGUGUCGACUUCAUCCACACCAAUGCCGGUGAAUUUUUCGUUCGUGACCUUCUCGCUCCUGGCGAUGUCCCUGAUUGCUUCAAGGAGUUUUUUGCUUUUGAUCGAACCGUUAGUUUCGCCGGUCAUUUUAAUCCAAUCAUGGCCGUUCAAGUCACCUUCCUCGCCGACGGCAUUUUCAUUGGCUGCUCCGUUAACCACGCUGUCACCGACGGUACCUCCUUUUGGAAUUUCUUCAACACAUUUGCCGAGGAGUGUAAAUCGACAACGACGACUAAAAAACUCGCUAUCACUCCGUCACCGGAUUUCCUGCGUGAUUGUGUUCUUGUUUCUCCGACUGUCCUCCGACUGCCGUCGAGUGGUCCUAAAGUUACGUUCUCCGGGGAUGUACCGUUACGGGAGAGAAUAUUUAGUUUCAGUAGAGAAGCAAUUUUGAAACUGAAAGCUAAAACGAAUGAAAAGAAAUUAAUCGAUAACGGGGAGCUAACGGUAACGGCCGUGGAGAUUAUGGGGAAGCAAAGUAAUGAUAAGUACUGUCAAAAUAACGGAAAAGUAGGGACCAUUAAAGACAGCUGGAACAGAAACGACACCGUUUCGAAAGAAAACGCGAAUUGCGAGGAGAUCCCAAACACAACGAUAUCGUCGUUUCAAUCACUUUGCGCCUUGUUAUGGAGGUCAGUAACACGAGCGAGAAAACUCCCACCCAACAAAAUGACAACCUUUCGUAUGGCGGUGAACUGUCGUCACCGGCUUGAGCCGAAGUUGGAUCCUUACUACUUCGGUAAUGCAAUUCAGAGUGUUCCGACGUACGCUUCCGCCGCCGAUGUUCUCUCUCGGGAUCUGCGGUGGUGCGCUGAGAAGUUGAACGAGAACGUGAUGGCGCACGAUAAUGGAAUGGUGCGGCGGUUUGUAGAGGAUUGGGAGGGGAAUCCGAGGGUCUUUCCACUGGGGAACGCCGAUGGUGCGUCGAUUACGAUGGGAAGUUCUCCUAGAUUUCCGAUGUAUGAGAACGAUUUCGGAUGGGGACGACCGUUGGCGGUGAGGAGUGGACGGGCGAAUAAGUUCGACGGGAAGAUUUCGGCGUUUCCUAGUAGAGAGAGCGGUGGAAGCGUUGAUUUGGAGGUGGUUUUAGCUCCGGAAACUAUGGCGGGGAUUGAAUCAGAUUGGGAAUUCAUGCAAUAUGUUUCGUCUACUUCGUCGAAUUAAAAGGUAAAUUUAGUAGAAAGUUUGUGCAAAUUUCGGCCUUCCAUGGCAUAACGGUGAGGAUGAAGAAGAAGAUGAUGAUGAUAAAUAUAUGUAUGUGUGUCUUCUGUGGAAAAUGAAACUAUUAUAUGAAGACGAAGAAGCUUGUUUUUUCUGUGAAAUAUUGAAAAUUUUAUAAUAAUCGGAUUUUUCAUCAAGACUGUUCGUGUUGGAUUAUGAGUGAUGAUGAUACAUCACCUCAGUUCAGUUUUCAGAAAUGAAUAAUUCUAAUCUUUUUUUAUUAA